UUUCUCCUUAACCGAGGAUAUUUUAGUUUGUUCCUCUAAUAUCAUCUGCAGGUUUUCCUUUUCUGGAGCCUCUUUCCUUAAUUUCAAUAAUUCUGGGAUUUCUGGUUUUUGCUACAUGGGGGAUUCCAUAGCUACUUCCAUUCUGCCUGCUCAGUCAGUGGUGGUAGCUCUAAUACUCCAUGGUGGGAACAGGUAUGGUACUGGGGCCAGGAUGUAUAUUGUCGCUGUUAUGUUUUGUAGCUUAUCUUUUUCUUUCCAGCACAACCUUAACAAGAAGCAGAGGUUUAGGAGGGGCUGGAGAGGUGUGGAAAACUGGUGGGUAGUUCCUCUAUUGACAGUCAUAAAUACUGGACUCUUCUCUCAAAGUUUAACUCCCAAGUGUAGUUUGUUUCCAAAGUUAGCACCUACUCAAGUGAUUUCUUUAACUCUUCUUCCUCCUGUCCCCUGCCCUUCCUUCCAGUUCUUAUUUUUUCAUACUUUGAGUGUCACCCAGGAAGGGAUUCUUUUGAGUGUCAGUUACUUGGCUGCUUUUCUAGCUCCAAGAAAGGAUUUGAGAACCACAUGUGAGAAAUCACUUUCCAUCCUGCUGAAGAACCAAGAUGAUCUUGAUAAAGCAAUUGACAUAUUAGACAGAAGCUCAAGCAUGAAAAGCCUUAGGAUAUUGCUGCUGUCCCAAGACAGAAACCAUACCAGUCCCUCUCCCCAUUCUGGGGUGUCCAGGCAGGUGCGGAUCAAAGCUUCCCAGUCUGCAGGAGAUAUAAAUACCAUCUACCAGCCCCCCGAGCCCAGAAGCAGGCACCUCUCUGUCAGCUCCCAGAACCCCGGACGAAGCUCACCUCCCCCUGGCUAUGUGCCUGAGCGGCAGCAGCGCAUUGCCCGGCAGGGGUCCUAUACCAGCAUCAACAGCGAGGGGGAGUUCAUCCCAGAGACCAGUGAGCAGUGUAUGUUGGAUCCUCUGAGCAGUGCUGAAAAUUCCUUGUCAGGAAGCUGCCAAUCCUUGGACAGGUCAGCCGACAGCCCAUCCUUCCGGAAAUCGAGGAUGUCCCGAGCCCAGAGCUUCCCCGACAACAGACAGGAGUUCUCUGAGCGGGAAACUCAGCUAUAUGACAAAGGGGUCAAAGGUGGAACCUACCCCCGGCGCUACCACGUAUCUGUGCACCACAAGGACUACAAUGAGGGCAGAAGAACAUUUCCCCGAAUACGGCGUCAUCAAGGCAACCUCUUUACACUGGUGCCAUCCAGCCGUUCCCUGAGCACAAAUGGCGAGAACAUGGGUUUGGCAGUGCAGUACCUGGACCCCAGAGGGCGCCUGCGGAGCGCGGACAGCGAGAAUGCCCUCUCUGUGCAGGAGAGGAACGUGCCUACCAAGUCUCCUAGUGCCCCCAUCAAUUGGCGCCGUGGGAAGCUCCUGGGCCAGGGUGCCUUCGGCAGGGUCUAUUUGUGCUAUGAUGUGGACACAGGACGUGAACUUGCUUCCAAACAGGUCCAAUUUGACCCAGACAGCCCUGAGACAAGCAAGGAGGUGAGUGCCCUGGAGUGUGAGAUCCAGCUGCUGAAGAACCUGCAGCACGAGCGCAUAGUUCAGUACUAUGGCUGCCUGCGGGACCGCGCCGAGAAGACUCUGACCAUCUUCAUGGAGUACAUGCCAGGGGGCUCAGUGAAAGACCAAUUGAAGGCCUACGGAGCUCUGACAGAGAGUGUGACUCGCAAGUAUACCCGGCAGAUCCUGGAGGGCAUGUCCUACCUGCAUAGCAACAUGAUCGUUCACCGAGACAUCAAGGGAGCCAACAUCCUCCGAGACUCUGCUGGGAACGUGAAGCUGGGGGACUUUGGGGCCAGCAAGCGCCUGCAGACCAUCUGCAUGUCGGGCACAGGCAUGCGCUCAGUCACGGGCACACCCUACUGGAUGAGCCCUGAGGUGAUCAGCGGUGAGGGCUACGGAAGAAAGGCAGAUGUGUGGAGCCUGGGCUGCACUGUGGUAGAGAUGCUGACAGAGAAACCACCUUGGGCAGAGUAUGAAGCCAUGGCCGCCAUUUUCAAGAUUGCCACCCAGCCCACAAAUCCUCAGCUGCCCUCCCACAUCUCUGAGCACGGCCGGGACUUCCUGAGGCGUAUUUUUGUGGAGGCUCGCCAGAGACCUUCGGCCGAGGAGCUGCUCACACACCACUUUGCACAGCUCGUGUACUGAGCUCUUAAGGCACGCUGCUGCCCGCCGCCCCUGCUGCACAGGCAUGGGGCUGCUGUGGGGCUCAGCAAAGCUGCUGCUUCUCCCAGGCAAGGCUGUGGACCAUGGAGCUCCAGUCCAACCAGCGUUUGUCUAUGCCCCUUCCACUGCUGGGGCUCAGAGCCAGGGUGGGGUGGCUGCGGCCUCAAGGACUGGGAGCCCCCACCCUGCCAGACCUGAGAGCUCCAGCAUCCUAAGCUCAGUGUGGAGGGGAAGGGGCUAGGAACAGUGUGCAAAGCACUGAGGGCCUUACCCUCAGGGCUGUGUCCUGACACUGCAGUCGGCACCAGAGCCCCAAGGGUCUUGGGGCACAGGACAGACACAAGGGUCUGAAUAGUGUUAACUUUCAUGCAGAGUGUUAUUUUGUUUCUCCUCCCCAUGUCUGGAGACCACCAGGGCGUCUCUGGGCUGGAUGAGCCCACCCAAGCCUGAGGUCAAGCCCAGCAUCCCACAGCCAAUGGAAGGCAGAGGCCUGGGCUGUGCUCUCCCCAGAGCCCCCAGGCCAGCUUUGCCAGUCCCUGUCCUUUACCAAAGAUGAAUGAAGCAAAUGUUUUGCUGCCUUAUUCAGGGAAGGAGGAGCCCAUCCUGCCUGCUCCCAUGACUCUGCACCCCUCCCCCACCCCCAGCAGGGGCCUGAGAUGUGGAACUCCCUCACUCGAGGUGGGGAGACCCAGUUUUGUCAAUGCAAUUGUCUCUGUUUUACAAGUUGGAGUCACUCUUAUGCUGUACCCAGUUUCUAAACUGGAGACUUUGUGUGCCCUUGGGCUCUGAGUAUCCCUGUUGUGGGCUUGGGCCUUUGGGCUGGAUUGGAAAGAGCUGAAGGUAAUGGCCUUUGUGUUCCUGACCUGGCACCUGUCUCCCCACUGGAGCAGAAAGGAAGAUGGACAGCAUGGUGAGGGCACCUGACCCCACUAGCCGCCCUGAGCCCUGGGCAGGCUCUUCUGGAUAGCCAGGGAAGUUGUAUCGGGUUGUCUGUGAGUUGUGACCCUGCUAGGCCAGAGCCCUCCCUGGUAGAAGGGAGAGCCCAUAUGAUGUCACCAACUGUGUCCCAGACUACCAUCUCUGUUCCUCCUUGGCCAGCCUUGCCCUCCCCCAUGAGGUCUCAGCCCCUUUCCCUUCUUGGAGGAGGAAUGGUAGCAGGGGUCGGGGAGCCAGUAUCUCCAAGCAGCUUAGAGUUGGCCUUAUUUACCUCAGCCUGGGCGCUGGUCCUUUCUUCCGGCCCCUCCCCUCCAAAAUGUGCCUAUUGCUAGAGCUCCUCCCUCCCAAAACCCAGUUCCUUGGGAGUUGUCAUUAAAGGAACAACAACAACAACAACAACAACAACAAAGCCAGUGCCCAGGGAUGGGUCUCUCCAGGGAGCUGGGGAUUAGUGCCAGGCAGCUCAUUGCCAGCCAUGCCCACUUCCCCACGGGCACCAGAACAAGCCAAAGCCUUCGUUGUAUGUUGACGAUGCACUUUUAUGAAUGUAGUUUCUAUCGCUGUUUUUAGCCUUUUCACAUCAUGUAAUGUGAGGCCUUGUACUUGUUAAUUUAUAUCUCAGAUCAUAUUUGAUGGUUUUUAUAUAUAUCAAUUCUAGAUUGUUACAGGUGAUGGACGCCUCGAGAGAGAGAAGAGAAAAUGAAAGCAGGUGGUUUUGCGGGAAUGUGUGCUGCACGGUGCCAGUUGGGCCGAGGCCCCUCUGUUUCCAUCCUUGUCCGUCAGGGGCCUGUCAGGCACCUCCAGCCCAGCCCUGUGAAGACAGUGAGCAAUGUGCUCCUGUCGCCACCUCGGCCCUUGCCCAGGGUGGGGACUGGCCCCUCAUUUUGACCAAAGCUGCCAGAUGGCAGCUCGGCCUUUCCACGACCCCGUCCUGACGGCUGCAGCACUCUUCUUGGGCCCACAUCCCUGUGCCCAGUCCCUGUGCCCCAAGAGGAAACAGAGCACAGUGCCCUUGCCGCAAGACGACUCUGUGUGUCCCAGCUUCAGGCUCUCACAGAGCCCCACACCCCGGGGUCUUACCUCACAGGGAAUGGGUUUUAAAAGUGAAUUUACAAACAAGCCAACAAACGCUGCACUCCAAAAAAACAAAAGACCCUGACUUUUUUGUGCCAAAAACUGUGGACAUGCUGGCUCAGCAUCCUCAGGACCAAGCUGUUGCUUAAUUUUAAUUUAUUGUCUUUAUAUUAAUUAACCCAGAUGACAAGUUGUGGGCCUAGGACAGCCUGGGCCCAAAGAUUCUGAAAGGCAGCCCCCUAGCAGCCCCAGGCUUGCUGUGGGAAGGGCCAUGCCGCCAUUUGCUCAUCAUUCCAUGGGCUAUGCCGGCCUUGGCCAAACCUUCACAGAGAGGUCAAGGCUGGGGACGGUCCACACCCUGCCACCCUCCUGCCCCUCCCAUGCCCCUCCCGUCCCCCUCACUCUGUGUCUGUGUCUGAAUUGUGGAUCGUGCAGAAGAACCUGCAGCCAUAGUUAUUUGACUAUAUCUCGACCAAGGGCUUGCAGUGCAAAGCCAGGCCAGUGUCGCGCAUUACUUACAAUAAAAGGGAUCAUUUAUA